CGCGGCCCGAACUCCGAGCGAGAUGGUCGUCAGGUGGAGGGUGCUGCUGAUGCUGGUCAUCAGCUCGACGACGUCUUCCAUAGCGUCAGCCGACGUCAGUGGAGAUGCUUCCGUCAGCGGCGUCAGUGGAGAUUCUGCCGUCAGUGGAGAUGCUGCCGUCACCGACCAGUGUCCCAUCCUCAACAUCCCAGAUCUGGGCAGUCUUUGCGGAACCACUGACAACAGUGCCUGGUCCAACAUCACCCUCUACAAAUACCACAGUAUCCCUUACGCGCUGCCGCCAAGCGGACACCGUCGUUUCAAGCCUCCAGAGCCAGCUCACCCUUGGAACGGCGUGCUCGAUGCCUCUAAAUUUGGAAAGAAAUGCCCUCAGGCCAACACAGAAAAAGAGCUGAGAGAUCUGAGGAUGAGAAUCAAUUCGGGAGAGGACGUUGAGGAUUGUCUUACAUUGAAUGUUUACACACCAGUUGCGCCAGAAAAGUGUGACAAAAAUCGUUUACUUCCUGUCAUGUUUUAUAUCCAUGGAGGAUCUUUCAGAGUUGGUUCAGCCCACAACUUCCAACCCAAUUACCUUCUUGACAGCGGUGAAGUUGUUUUAGUCGUGGCUCAGUACCGAUUAGGCCCUCUUGGAUUCCUUUCCUUGCAGACAGAUGAGCUUCCAGGGAAUAUGGGAUUCAUGGACAUGGUUUUAGCAAUGAAGUGGACACAAAAGUACAUAAGGUUUUUCUGCGGAGAUAGCUCGAAAGUGACACUGUUCGGCCAAAGUGCCGGAGGGGCGGCAGUCACACUCAUGAUGGCCAGCCCUCUUGUUUCACCUGAUAUGUUCCAGAGAGUGAUAGUUCAGAGUGGAUCGUCACUAUGCGACUGGGCGUUGGACCGGGACCCGGUGGAGCACGCCAAAAGGAUUGCUGAGCUGGCAAAUUGCACCGAUCAGAACUUAGACGAGCUGGCACUGUGUCUUCACCGCACCAACACCUGGGAGCUCCUAGUCGCCCAUUCUGACUUCUUAACUGAAGUAUUGGUGACUGAGGGCCAAGCUGUUAAAGGGAACAACGGAGGUAACCAUGCAGUUAUACAGGCAGCUGGUCCCAAUGCAUUCCUCAUAGAAGAUCCCCAUGUCUUGUUCAAAGAAGGACGCUACAGACAUGUUCCAAUGAUGGCCGGCAUUACAAAGCAUGAAGGAAGCUUUUUCCUUGGAAAUAUUUACGAUUUUAUUCUUGUACGGGAUAAUAACACAAACGAUACUGAGUAUUUGAAAAAAGAAUUUAUCAAGGACACCCUUAAAUUCAGUGGAAUCGAUGAUACAACUGGAGCCGUAACGGAUACUUUUCAAGACAAAUAUUUCAAGGAUGAUGAAGUUGGCAAUUUUACAGCUAUGAUACCAGGCCUCAUUGAUAUUUGUGGAGUUACAUUAUUAAAAGCAUGUCUGCUGCAACAAAUUAGACACAACAGGCAAUUACAACCGAGCUAUUUGUAUUCGUUCAAUUAUAAGGGUCAUCUUACAAAAUUUGGGUAUGGAGAAGAGGUCAACUAUCCCUUUGGCGGAGGGGUUGCUCACUCAGAUGAUUUGAUCUACCUUUUUCCUCACCCCAAAGGUGAACUGAAGCCUCAUGAGGUGGAAGUCGCUAAAACAGUAGUGAAAAUUUGGACCAGUUUUGCAAUUGAUGGACAGCCGUACGUGAAUGAUGAUGUUGAGUGGCUUCCGAUGAGCACCGCCAAUGGUCCCUACUUGAGGAUAGCACUGCCAAGCCAGCUCAAAGAAAAUUUCAUGCACGAAUACAACAUAACAGUGACGGAAGGCUACGAUGACAUAGAGGACAUGUAUCGAACAUCUGACGGCCAAAACUUACGAGCUUUCAAUUUGGGUCUCUCACUCACAAUCCUCUUAUUAAGCCUGCGAUUUCUCUGAUGGUACUAGGGCGACUAUUAUAGAGUGAAUUUUAGGCGAAUCAAUGCUUUGACCAAUCACUUUAUGAACGACGCUUGGAAACGGCUGAAGAUCAUAAGUGACUAAUAGAUGUAAUUUUUAGUGUGAUCAUGGAGUAUAUGAAUGGUGCAAGUUAAUUUAAAACUAUAAUGUAGCAUGCAACAAUGAUUGAAUCUUUUUAAAUUUACGGGAUACGUAUUGAUACCGUUCAAACUCAAUACAAUUUAAUUUUAUAUUGAAUCAGUAAAUAUUUAAUAAUCAUUAACUUAUAGAUUUAGAAAAAUAGUCUUUGAACGAUCAUUUUUUAAUCACUACAGAGGACUUUGAUCUGCAAUUCAAUGAUUAGAAAGUUUUUUGUGACGUGUAAAGAGAAUCUCAAUAAUUUACUAUCUUAUAAUAAAAAUCCACUGUUAUGAUACAAAAGAAAUGCUGUAAAUUUUAGAAUAAAUUGAUUUUUCUA